CGGAUAAUGUCACCUGUCUGAGCAAACCGAGAAGGUUGCAAAAAUGAAUGUACUCCUUCUCAAAGAGCCAAGAGAAGGAGACUCUGGACCUGAUCCUUACAUAAAGGAGCUGGCAUCUCAUGGACACAAAGCAACACUAAUUCCAGUGCUGUCUUUUAAGUUUGUCUCCUUAAACACCUUAACAGAUAAGCUUUUUCAGCCUGAGAAACAUGGUGGCCUGAUAUUUACCAGUCCGAGAGCAGUGGAAGCUGUGAGAAUGUGUUUAGAAGCAGAAGAAAGAAGAGAAGAAUGGGACAAAUGGGUGAAAGACAAGUGGAACACAAAGUCGGUGUAUGUGGUUGGAAAAGCAACUGCAGCACUGGUGAAAGCUCUGGGACUGAACCCUCUGGGAGAGGACACGGGGACGGCCGAAGUGCUCUCGCGUGUUAUCAUUGAACGAGAGGACACAAAUAUUCCACCGCUUUUUUUCCCCUGUGGCUCAAUCAAAAGAGAAGUUUUGCCCACGGCUUUGAAAGAAAAUGGAGUGCCUCUGGAGACGCUGACUGUCUAUCAAACAGCUGAACAUCCCGAUCUGGAGAAAAAUCUCAGGAACUAUUUUGCAGAGCAGGGCGUCCCUGCAAGUGUCGCUUUCUUCAGUCCAUCAGGGGUGAAGUUUUGCUUGGAUGUAGUACGGAGGCUGUCGGGCGAAGCGCUGCCUCAAAUAAAGUUCGCAGCAAUCGGACCGACCACACAGGACGCAAUGACGGCAGAAGGCCUUUGUGUCAGCUGUGCUGCGGAGAAGCCAACAGCUGAGCACCUUGCAGCAGCGAUAGCCAAAACUCUGCAGUGAGCGGCCUCAGCUCUGAAACCCAUCCGCCGUCCACCGCCCUCUCUGUGUGUGUCGUUAUCUUAUAUGCUUAUCAUUGUUUGACAAAUCAAGUAUUUGCACUGAGAAAUAUGUUACUUUUCAUGCUGUGAAAGUCUAUUUGAUGAAAUGUAUCCAAAAAGUGUAAAUAUGUGUGUUCUUGUAAAUAAAUCUGUAUUAUUGUGGCAACAUGGGGAAUGGUGUAAA